GCGGCCCUGCCCGGCGGGAAACCCGCUCCUCACCGCGGCCGCGGCCCGCCACCCCUCGGCGGCGGAGGAGCACGGCUCGGCCAUGACCCCCUCCCUGCUCCUGCUUCUCCUCGCACUUGUUCCCCCUGCUUUGCCGCUGCUGGAUACUAGCAUCUUUUUAAUAUAUAAUGAAGAUCACAAGCGCUGUGUACUGGCUCAGAGUUCUAGUUCAGUGACUACUGCUCCUUGCGUUCAAGACAGUGAGUCUCAAAAAUUCAGGUGGGUCUCAGAUCACCAGCUUAUGAGCGUAGCGUUGAAACUGUGCUUGGGAGUGCCUUCGAAGACAGACUGGGUUCCGAUCACUCUGUAUCCUUGUGACAAGGCUAGUGCACUUCAGCGAUGGGAAUGCAGAAAUGAGACUCUUUUUGCAAUCCAAGGGGAAGAUCUGUUUUUCAACUAUGGAAACAGACAGGAAAGGAAUAUUAUGCUGUACAAGGGAUCUGGUUUAUGGAGUAGGUGGAAAGUCUACGGAACCACAGACGAUCUGUGUUCUCGAAGCUAUGAAGAUACCUACACAGUGAAAGGAAAUGCCAAUGGAGCACCUUGUGUAUUCCCUUUUAAGUUUGGUGGUAAAUGGUAUGCUGACUGCACAGAUGCUGGCAGAUCAGAUGGCUGGUUCUGGUGUGGGACCACUUCAAACUUUGAUGUUGACAAGAUGUAUGGAUUUUGCCCAUUGAAAUCUAAUAGUGUUGAUUUGUUAUGGAAUACUGAUCCUUUAACAAAUGUCCAGUACCAGAUUAAUUCUGAGGCAGCUCUGAAAUGGCACCAGGCAAGAAAAAGCUGUCAACAGCAGAAGGCAGAGUUGUUGAGCAUCACUGAGUUGCAUGAGCAAACAUACCUGACAGGUUUGACUGGCAGAUUGAGUUCUGCUCUCUGGUUUGGUCUUAACAGUUUGAAUUUCAACAGUGGAUGGCAAUGGGUUGGUGGUGCUCCUUUUCGAUACUUAAACUGGGUUCCAGGAAACCCCUCUCCAGAGCCUGGAAAAAUCUGUGCAGCAUUAAAUCCUGGCAAAGGUGCUAAGUGGGAGAAUCGGGAAUGUGAUCAGAAACUUGGCUAUAUUUGUAAACGAGGAAAUGCUACUUUAGAAUCUUUCAUUAUUCCUGCAGAGUCUAAUGUGCCUAUUAGAUGUCCUGAUCAAUGGAUGUCGUAUGCUGGUCACUGUUACAUAAUUCACAGAGAUCCCAAAAUAUGGAAGAAUGCCUUAACUUCUUGCAGAAAAGAAGAUGGGGAUCUGGCGAGCAUCCAUAAUGUUGAGGAGUACAGCUUUGUUAUUUCUCAACUUGGAUACCAGCCAGACGAUGAGCUGUGGAUUGGGCUGAAUGACCUCAAAGUUCAGAUGUAUUUUGAAUGGAGUGAUGGCACACCUGUGACGUACACCAAGUGGCUUCGUGGAGAACCCACUCAUGCAAACAAUAGGCAAGAGGACUGCGUCAUCAUGAGGGGAAAGGAUGGAUUUUGGGCAGACCAUUCUUGUGAAAAGAAAAUCGGCUACAUCUGUAAAAGGAAACCCAUGUCAGAAGCUCCUACAGAAGAGGAAACUAUUGACAUGGGCUGCCAGAGAGGCUGGAAAAGACAUGGUUUUUAUUGUUACUUCAUUGGAAAUACAUUUGUAUCAUUUUCUCAAGCAAAUCAAACCUGUGAAAGGCAUCAGGCUUUUUUAGCAACUGUUGAAGACAGAUAUGAACAAGCCUAUCUGACUAGCCUGGUUGGACUGAGAACAGAAAAAUACUUUUGGAUUGGACUUUCGGAUGUAGAAGAAAAGGGAACUUUCAAGUGGACAACUGGUGGAUCUGUCUUGUUUACACACUGGAAUUCCGAAAUGCCUGGCAGAAAGCCAGGCUGUGUUGCCAUGAGAACUGGAAUUGCAGGUGGAUUAUGGGAUGUAAUAAAAUGUGAAGAAAAGGCAAAAUUUCUAUGCAAAAUGUGGGCAGAAGGAGUGACUCCUCCACCUCUUCCUACAACAACUCCUAUUCCCAGGUGUCCAGAAGGCUGGGACUCAAACAGUCGUAUAAGUUUCUGUUUCAAAUCUUUUUCAAGAGGAGAACAAAAGAAAACAUGGCUUGAAUCUCAAGAAUUUUGCCGAGCGAUAGGAGGAGAUCUGGCCUCCAUUAAUGGUAAAGAAGAACAGUAUGUGAUAUGGCGUUCUAUUGCAAACAAUGGGUACUUCCACCAGCACUUCUGGAUGGGUUUAUAUUACUUGAAUCCUGAUGAUGGCUUUGUCUGGAGUGAUGGGUCUCCAGUGAGGUACGAGAACUGGGGCUUUGGAGAGCCCAAUAAUUAUCAAGGAAUUGAACUUUGUGCAGAGAUUAGUGGUGAUUCCAGCAUGUUAUGGAAUGACAGACAUUGUGAUUAUCUGUAUGGAUGGAUUUGUCAGAUAAAAAAAGGGGCAAGUGUGAAACCUGAACCAACAGAAUCUCCUGCACCCAACUACAAGUCUACUGAGGACGGAUGGAUUAUACGUGGAGACAAACAGUAUUAUAUCAGCACAGAAAGUGUUCCUAUGGAAGAAGGUCGAGAGUUCUGCAAGAGGAACUUUGGAGAUCUUGCUGUAAUUGACGGUGAAAGUGAAAGAAAAUUCCUCUGGCGAUAUAUCUUGAAAAAUGGCAAAGAAGAUUCAUAUUUCAUUGGUUUACAACUGAGUGUUGAUCGACGGACAAGCUGGAUGGAUGGGACUCCAGUCAAUUAUUUGGCAUGGGCACCACAUGAACCAAACUUUGCAAAUAAUGAUGAAAAUUGUGUAGUCAUGUAUAAGAAUUUAGGAUUUUGGAAUGAUAUAAACUGUGGCUAUCCAAAUCCCUACAUAUGUGAAAGGCACAACAGUUCCAUUAAUUCAACUGUUCCUCCAACAACAUUUUCAACUCCAAGAGGAUGUCAUCCAACUUGGCUUUCCUUUCAGAAUAAGUGUUACAAAAUAUUUGGAUCUACAGAAGAUGAACGUGUCAGUUGGCAUGCUGCACGAACAGCUUGCCUGAAUUUAGGAGGAAACUUGGCUACUAUCCCUAAUGAACAAGUGCAAGCUUUUCUCACCUUUCAUAUGAAGGAUUUUAUGACUGAUACAUGGAUUGGAUUAAAUGAUAUAAAUCAUGAACUGAGGUUCCUUUGGACGGAUGGAAAGGGAGUUUACUUUACAAACUGGGCCAAAGGCUUCCCGACAGGACAUACAGAUUUAUACUCAUAUGAUGGCCAGGCUGAUUGUGUUGUCAUGCGAAACAGUCCUGUUAAAGAGGCAGGGAAGUGGGCUGAUGAGAGCUGUGAUAACAACAGAGGUUAUAUAUGCCAAAUUGAUGGAGACUCAGAGUUUCUCCCUUCUACAAGUACAGCCCCAUCCAGCGUUAUUCGUUAUGGUAACAGUAGUUAUUUGUUCAUCUAUACCAAAAUGAAAUGGGAGGAUGCACGAAAAAACUGCAGACGUCAUGAUCAGUUUGACCUUUCCAGCAUCUUAGACCCCUACAGUCAUUCGUUCCUGUGGCUGAAGAUAUUGAAGUAUAGGGUGCCGAUAUGGAUUGGUCUUAACAGUAAUGUGACCAAUGGGCAUUAUGAGUGGAUUGAUAACUGGAGAAUGAAGUAUACUAAGUGGGCUGAAGGGGAACCAAAGCAGCAAAUAGGUUGUGUCUAUCUGGACAUUGCUGGAGCCUGGAAGACAGGAUUCUGUAAUGAAAGUUACUUCUCUGUUUGCAAAAAACCUGAUGUUCAAGCUCCCACUGAACCCCCUCAGCUUCCAGGAAGGUGCCCUGAAUCAGAAGAUCACAAGUCUUGGAUCCCUUUCCGAGGUCAUUGCUACUACAUUGAAUCUUCAUCUACAAGAAACUGGGCCCAAGCCUCUUUAGAGUGUCUCCGACUAGGAGCAUCUUUGGUGUCAGUUGAAGACUCAGCUGAAGCCGAUUUCCUGGCAUACACCAUUGAACCACUUGAAAGGAAAACGUCAACUUUUUGGACAGGAAUGUACAGAAAUGUAGAUGGAGAAUGGUUGUGGCUAGACAACACUGCGGUGAAUUUUGUCAACUGGAAUGUAGGAGAACCUUCACCUCAACAAAAUGAGCACUGUGUUGAAAUGUACGCAAACUCCGGGUUCUGGAAUAAUAUUUAUUGCAGUUCCUAUAAAGGCUAUGUUUGCAAAAAACCGAAAACAGCUGAAAUGCCGCCAGCAGCUGAAAUGCCACCAGCUGAAAUGCCUACAAAGGCAAUGACAAAGGAGGAGAAGGCUUCUACUCUAAACCAUGGUAAAACAGGAGUUGUAGUUAUUGUUGUGAUCCUCAUCCUAGUAGGAACUGGCCUUGCAGGCUAUCUUUUCUACAAAAGAAGAAAGAAUCGCUUGUUGGCAAACGACAGCUUUGAGAACAAUUUGUAUUUUAAUAGUGAUGCAGUUCCUGGAACUAGUGACACGAAGGAUCUUGUGACCAACAUAGAACGGAAUGAACAUGCAACACUCUAAUGUAAUAAAAUAAAAUUUAGUGUAAUAUGUAAUGUAAAAUGUAAUGUAAUAAACUGUGCCUUGUUUUAAUAAAGUUAUGCAACUAGAA